AUGGCGUUGGUGCAGGUGCCAAACUUGGAGGAGUUUUAUCAGUUUAUCUCGGAGCGGCCGGCAGGCGUCACCUUCGAGGAGCUGGCGCGCGCUGGCUGGCCCGACAAGACGCAGGCGACGCAUCUCGCCAACGCGCUGCUGACGCAGAGCCGCCUCGACAUCAUCUCGGCAGGAGACAAGAUCGUGCUGAAAGCCGUUGCUCCGCAGCUGGCUUUGAAGCUGAGUCGCCUGGAGGCAACGACCAGGAGCGUGUACCAGCAGAUCGAAAAAGCUGGGGACCGCGGUGCAUGGAGCAAGAGUCUGAAGGAUCAGACCAAGCUUCAGCAGCACACGAUCACCAAGGCGAUCAAGGAGUUGCUAAAGCAGCAGCUCAUUAAAGAAGUGAAGUCGGUCCAGAACCGGAACCGGAAGGUCUUCAUGCUCAUCGACCUCGAGCCGAGCUUGGAAGUCUCCGGAGGCACAUGGUACAAAGACGGCGAGUUCAACUACAGCUGGGUUGAGACUUUGCGGGAGUACUGUCUCGCCUUCAUGGACAAGAGCCCCGAGCGUCCCGUUUCGCAGGCGGAUCUCUAUCGCUUUGUGAUGCAGCAUCCCGCGCCCCAGGUGCCCACCGAGGAGGACAUCCUCUGCAUCAUGAAGACCCUGGAGUUGGACGAGGAGGUUUCCUCCAUCGUCAGUGCAGAAGGACAUCGGGUCUUCAUGCGCCGGCGGCGAAGAAACCUGGAGCCACUGGAUAUUUUCGCGGCACGCCUGCCGAACUUCUUGCAGGAGGCAGAGGGAGAGGGCCGCCUGGUCGUGCCUUGCCUCUGCUGCCCGCUGCGGAACGAGUGCAAGGCUGGCGGCCGCGUCUGCCCGGAGAAGUGCGAGUUUCUCACAAGGUGGCUGCAGCCCCUGGAGGACCCUAGCAAUGAGGAUGUGCCCAUGCCGGACUGGUGA